AUGGUCCUGAGGGGAAGUGUUCCACACAUCUCAGACAUUAGGAUUGUGCUGUUGGGAAAUGAAGAUGGAGGGAAGAGUUCAUGUGGAAACAGCAUCCUGGGAGGACAGGAGUUCCAGACUCCGGGAAGAACAACUGAGUGUGUGAAGAGAAAGGGAGAAGCAGCAGGGAGAUGCAUCACUGUAGUGGAGGCACCAGGAUGGAGGAAGACCUACACUGUAAAGCAAACUCCUGAUCGCGAUAAACGAGAGAUUUCCCUCAGUGUGUCUCUGUGUCCUCCAGGACCCCAUGCUCUACUCCUGAUAAUUAGUGUAAGCAAGUCAUUCACAGAGAAAAACAGAAGAGCAGUGCAAGAGCACCUGGAGCUCUUGGGUGAGAAAGUCUGGAGCCAUACUCUUGUGCUAUUCACCUUUGGGGACAGGCUGGGAGACACAAGCAUUGAGCAGCAUAUUGAGAGUGGAGGAGAGGCUCUGCUGUGGGUUGUAGAGAAAUGUGGGAACAGGUACCAUGUUUUAGACAAUAAGAAGAGUGAUUGUGUUCAGGUGACAGAGCUUCUGGAGAAGAUAGAAGAGAUGGUGGCAAUUAACAGUGGACAACAUGAUAUUAGUGACUGUCCCACGUUCAAUGAGUUCUCAAAGCUCAAAACUGUAUCAGGAAAUCAUGGAGAAUGGAGUAUGACUGAACCUCCCUACUUCUGCGAGGCAAAUCCUGAUGACUUCUCAAGUGGAGCAUUUCACUCUGCAGCGCUCCAAUCAUACAUGAUGAAGCCCUCUAAGAAACAUUGGAGGCCCAAUAGGCAUCUGAAAACUGUAUCAGGAAAUGCCAGAGAAUGGAGUAUGACUGAUCCUCCCAAUUUCCGUGGAGCCAACCCUGAUGACUCCACAGAUGGCUCUGCUUCAGCACUCCAAUCAGACGUGAUGAGGCCCCGUAAGCAGUUCAGCAUUGCUGCCUCCAGUCAGAGCUCUGGGGUUGGUACUGCAGAGGAGAACAGAGGAGAUGCUGAGGAAACCAUGGUGAUGGUUCCACAAACCAGAGAGGAUGGAGCAGCCAACAGAGAAGAUGUCAAAACUCGACUACGGAGGUCAAAGAGGUUUAAGACAGCAGGUUGGUGA